AUGGCCGACGAGGUUAAGGAGAAGCAUCAUGAUGAGGAGUUCCUCCUGGAAAGUGAUGAUAAUGAGGACGACCUCGAAGGGAGCAUGGCCGGCGACGGCAGCAUCAACUACAAUAGCGACGAUGAUGGCGACGGAGCACGGCGACGUCCUUCUUCCACUUUCACUUCCCAGCAAUGGGUUUCAAGUAAUGCCCUUUCCAUCUCUUGCUCCUGUAGUGUAACACAUGAUUUUAAGUUAAAGAGAAACAAUGGAUCCUUAUACAAUCACAGUAUCACCAAGCUUUGGAAUCAUUGGGGGAUUCAAAAUUUGAGACAUUUUAGUUAUUCCAGUCAGAAAAGUAAUUUGGAGCUGGAUGGAGGAUUCCCCUCAUGCCCGAGAAUCGAAAGAGUUAUUUGGAGAGCAUCUCAAGAGCACAGUGAGGGUGGUCACAGAGGCCAUCAUUCCCUAAGCAAGUUACUGGAGGCCAUAAAUGUAAUGGUUGGAGUUGGGCUUCUAUCCACACCUCAUACAAUAGCAGAAGCAGGCUGGGCAAGCUUGUUGGUUCUAGUCUUUUUUGCAGUUGUAUGCUGUUAUACAGCCACACUCAUGAAAUACUGCUUUGAAAGCAGAGAAGGAAUUAUAUCUUAUACUGAUAUGGGUGAAGCGGCUUUCGGACGAUUCGGACGCCUUCUGAUAUCUAUUGUUCUCUACACAUAA